GAGAUCUCGCGAUGGGAGGGGAGGAGUAUCUGGGCUGUGGCCUGCCUGCUUUGGGAGUUGAGGGAAUUGGAUCGGAGGCUCAGAGCCCGUUCGGAGGCUCAGAGCCUGUCCGAAGGCCGUGAUGCCUCAUUCCCGGCGUGUCAGUCACCUUCUCGAUCUAUGCCUUUGGUGCUUGAUGAAGAAUAUUUCCCGAUAUGUCACAGACAUUAAACUUUUGCCUCCUAAUAUAAAAGAUAAGAUGCUUAAAAUAAUGAGUUUUCAAGGGCGAAUAACAGAUUCCAAUAUUAGUGAGAUUUUGCACCCUGAAGUGGAGUGUCUAGACCUCCGAAGCUGUGAUAUUUCAGAUACAGCAUUAUUACAGCUUUGUAACUGCAGGAAACUGAAGAAAUUAAAUUUAAAUUCCUCAAAAGAAAAUAGAAUUUCUGUAACUUCAGAAGGAAUAAAAGCUGUUGCCUCGUCUUGUUCAUUCCUUUCUGAAGCCUCUUUGAAAAGAUGCAGUAAUCUCACAGAUGAAGGUGUCCUUGCUCUUGCCCUCAAUUGUCGGUUACUGAAGAUAGUUGACUUAGGUGGCUGCUCAGGUAUUACUGAUGUGUCUCUUCAAGCCCUUGGAGAAAACUGUCCAUUUUUACAGAGUAUUGACUUUUCUGCUACUCAGGUAACUGACAGUGGUGUGGCUUCACUUGUUAGUGGACUAUGUGCUAAGAAAUUAGAGGAGAUUCACAUGGGGCAUUGUGUAAAUCUGACUGAUGGUGCUGUAGAAGCUGUUCUUACUUGCUGCCCUCAGAUACACAUUUUACUUUUUCAUGAAUGCCCUCUGAUAACAGAUCAUUCCCGAGAAGUCUUGGAGCGGUUAGUGGGCCCAAACAAAAUCAAACAAGUGACAUGGACUGUUUAUUGAUGCUUACUAAAACUACAAUGAUUUUUGCCAUUUUUCCUGGAAAUGACUGUGAAGAUUGACUUUCCAUUUUUAUUUAAGCAUGUCAUAUUUAUUUAUUGUCUUUUUUUAACUAUCAGAUUCAAGAUGACUAGUUAUGUCUGCAGAUAUGCUAAAUUUUUGCUUUGAUGGUAAAACUAAACUCCUCCAAAAUACAAAUAAUACUGUUGUCAUUUCUGUUUCUUCUUUAUAUUUUUUAAAUGUUAUUACUGUUGUGACUAUGACCUUUCUCAUUCUUUGGGAUUUUGUAUUUUUUUACACAUUAAAACCCUAUGUAAAAUAUGUAUAGAUUUAAAAUGAUGGAUUUUCCCUGCUGCUUCUCUUUCUUACCUAAAUAAUUGAUGAAUGACCACUAGGAGAAUAAAUUAAACUAAUUUAAUUAAAUCUUUUCUAAUUCCAACCUUUCUAAUGGUAAGGGUCCAUUUGCCAAAUAGCAAAUCUGAUCAUAAGCCAUUAAAAUUUUCUUUUGAACUGGUUCUUUAGCCAAACAGGAAACAAAACAUUUUAGUAAUAACUACAUCAUUUAUGACAUCAAACUCCCUAUCAUUCGGUAGAGAAGUGUGAUAUCAGUUUGAUUCUAUUCCUAUCCUAUGACUUGAUUUAUUCAGUCUUUCUUGGCUUUCUUCCUCAAAUAUUUGUUGUUCAUUUUCUUAGAACUGAUGAAGAAAAUUUUUUUUAAAUGGAGAUACUUGAAAUAAAAUCAUUACAAUUAGGCUCAGAAGGACUGAAUGAAGUAAUGCCUCAAAGAUUUCUGAUCUGCUUCAUGUUUACUUUUCUAGAAAGUAGAAAAUACCUUAUUUAUUUUUGUCUCCUACUUAUUGAAAAAUAUUUUAGACCCUUAUUUGGGACAGAAUAAGGUAGAGAAGCUCUGUAAGAAUAUCUCAGAAAAUAAAUUGAUGCUGCUGUUUAUAGCAGUGGAUGCAACUACCAGAGUAUAGGAAAGGUAAGCCUUCAGCAAAACUGUCUAAGGAGAAGAUUCAGGGACAGUGGUGAUUAACCUUUCAUUCUGGUGUACUUAAUCCUACAAGAAUUUGAGCACUAGUCAACAGAUGAAUUGCCACUUUCUCUUCUAAACCUAAUUUACCAAAAACAACAACCCUGGGGAAAAAAAAAGAAAAACCAAAUGACACCAUGAUUUAGGAGGAAAUUUGAACUUCAGGUUAGACUUGUUUUUCAGUAUUAUUAAUGCCACUUCAGAAUUAUGGCUCUUGAUGACAAGUUAUCUUUUACCUGUUUUUUUUUAUACUCCACUAAUACAGAUCAGAAGUGAACUCAAUAAACUAAGCUACUGAAGAAGGUGAACUGAAUUCACUGUGUUUUAACUACAGAGCUAAAACUUAAAGGUUUGAAAUAUUUCCUGUUUGAAGUGAUUCCCUUUUACUUAGAAAUUUAUUUUGGGCCCCCUCACAUUCAGAAAGAUACCUUUUUCUUUCCAGAGAAAAAGGUAAGCCUUUUAUUAAACAACAUUCAGCUAUAAAUAAGAAAUGUCAUUAUGUGGUUAUAUACUGCAAAUCUAGUUUCCAGAUAAUAAAAUAUAAACCUUAUGUCUCUUUAAAUUGAAGUAUCUAGAUCAGAUGUGAUCACAAAUCUUUUCUUAGUUAUUGAGGUAUUGAAAAGGCAUUAUGAACUAAUUUAUCCUAAUGACCUGAAAGUGGGACUCUGUAUGUGUACAUAUUUAGAUAAGCAUUUUUCCUUAAGAAGGAGGCUUUAUGGAACUCUGUUCUUUAAACAUAAAACUUCUAUAAUAUGUCAAGAUCUUUUCUGUUUCACUUAAGUAUAAAAUGUUAUAAAUUUUUGUGUCAGAUUGUGUGUCAGAGGUGGGGAGAGGUUGAGUGGAGAGAGUGGUAGUAUAUGGUACAAAGUUGUAAUACAUGUUUUAGUGGAAAGGAUUUAUAUUCAGCAUUAUUUCUGGUUACUCUGUAUAUUCACCACUGGUUGCUUUAUAAAUCCUAUUUGUUGACAUUGUGCAUAUGUGACCAUUACAAAAAUAAUGUCUUUGUACAAAUAUUUUUUUUUCCUGAGCUUGGUAUUGUUCUGAAAGUUAAAACAAUAAAAUUUAAUAUCAAAUAUACAGCAAAGCCUACAUUUUAUUGUUAGGUAAUUUGUGUAACCACUUCUAAGCAAUUAAAAUCAUUCACAAGACACCUUACACUUUUGAAAGGAACGCAAAAGAUAUUUGGGUUUAAUUUUAUAUUUUUUUUCCUAAAGUUGUCUGAGGUCUACAGCUUUGUAAU